AUGUCGGAUGCAAUACCAUCUUUGACGGCUCCAAUUUCACUUUCUACAUAUCAUCAACUUAGCCUAACUGUGGAAUCUGCUGUUAUUAGAAAUUCAGGAUUAUUUAAACCAAACCCAUAUUUACAAGUAAUAAUAGAUGGAAAGACUUUGAGAAAAACAGAAGUAAUAAAAAAUACUUUGCACCCAAAAUGGAAGGAGGAGUUCACAGUCCUAGUUACACCUCUGUCACAAUUGAUGUUUCGCCUCGCUGAUCAUCAUAGUUUUAGAAAAGAUCAUGUUAUUGGAGAGAAAAAAGUUAAUCUUUUAAAAGUCUUGUACUAUUUUAAUGGAAAAUGUGAGAAUGUAGAACUAUGUGUGGACUUGAUGAAGACUGUGUCCCAAGAUAAUACGUCAGGAAAUGCCACUACUGAUGUUAAAACAGCUGACUUAGUUUUGCUUCUCGAUGGGCUUCGAAUUGAUCCAUCUAUUUUAAGUCAAUCACAUGAAGUUUUAGGAGAGGCUACCACCUCUCGUAGUCCAUUAAAUGAUGGGGUCCGCGCCAGAACACGAUUACGAAAUAAUAUUGAAAAUUUGCGAUCAGUGUUGAGAUCACAAAACCUUCGACCACCGCCAGGGCCUCCUCCGUUGAGCAAUGGAGCAGCUAGCGGUGCGGCGAUAGACAGUGGGCCUGGCCCAUCGCAUGUCGAGCAUAGCACGACUGAGAGCGUUUCGCACGGAUCGAGUACGCACUCCGCUCACGGACCGCUUGUAGCACCCGCUGCCGCCACCGCUGCCACGCCGGCUGCCACUGCUGCCACUACCGAAGAACCACUACCACCUGGAUGGGAAAUGCGAUAUGAUGUCUAUGGACGAAGAUAUUACGUGGAUCACAACACGCGCUCCACGUCGUGGGAGCGGCCGCAGCCACUGCCGCCUGGCUGGGAGGUGCGGCGCGACGCGCGCGGCCGCGUCUACUACGUGGACCACAACACGCGCACCACCACGUGGCAGCGGCCGGACACCGAGCGGCUGGCCCGCUUCCAGCACUGGCGCGGCGAACGGCGCCACGUGGUCGCGCAGGGCAACCAGCGCUUCUUGUACCCGCCCCCGCAACCGCCGCACCCGCCGCACCAAUCCGACGCAGACGAGGCACCCGUCGCUGGUAGCAGUGGCAACGGCCCCAGCCCGGUAGCGGCGGGGGCGGUCGGCGUGGCGGGCGCCAGCGGUGCGUCGGGCGCGGCGGGCGCUAGCGGCAGUGCGCCGAGUGCGGAGGAUGCGCUGGGCGCCCUGCCCGCCGGCUGGGAGCGCCGCGUGCAGCCGGACGGGCGCGUCUACUACGUCAACCACAAAAAUCGCACCACCCAAUGGGAGGACCCGCGCACUCAGGGACAAGAAGUGUCAGCUUUAGAAGAAGCCCUGCCGCCAGGCUGGGAGAUUAGGUUCACCGAGGAAGGCACGCGCUAUUUCGUCGACCACAACACACGUACCACCACAUUCCAAGAUCCGCGGCCCGGAGCUCCCAAAGGGCCCCAAGGGGCUUACGGAGUGCCGCGGGCCUACGAACGAUCUUUCCGAUGGAAACUUAGUCAAUUCAGAUACCUAUGCCAGAGUAAUGCCCUGCCCAGCCAUAUCAAAAUAACUUUAUCGAGACAGACACUUUUUGAAGAUUCCUAUCACCAGAUUAUGCGACUACCGGCUUACGAAUUACGAAGAAGAUUGUACAUAAUAUUCCGUGGGGAAGAAGGUUUGGACUAUGGUGGAGUUAGUCGGGAGUGGUUCUUUUUGCUGUCUCAUGAAGUGCUUAACCCAAUAGACAAUGAUAUAGAUGAAUGUGGACUGGAGAUGUGGUUCAGUGUAGAUUUUGAAGUUUUGGGUCAAGUUAUACAUCAUGAAUUGAAACCUUCAGGUGAUAAAGAGCGAGUAACGGAAGCAAAUAAAGAGCAGUAUAUUCAGCUUGUCACACAAUGGCGGAUGACUAGAGGAAUUGAGGAACAAACUUCUGCCUUUUUGGACGGGUUUAAUGAGGUUGUGCCCCUGGAAUGGCUGAAGUACUUCGACGAGCGCGAAUUGGAGUUAAUGUUGUGCGGUAUGCAGGAGGUUGACGUAGACGAUUGGCAGCGCAAUGCCAUUUACCGCCACUACACUCGCACCAGCAAACAGGUCGUUUGGUUUUGGCAGUUUGUGCGGCAAAUGGAUAACGAAAAGAGAGCAAGAUUACUUCAGUUCGUAACAGGCACCUGCAGAGUGCCCGUAGGAGGAUUCGCUGAACUUAUGGGGUCGAAUGGGCCACAGAGAUUUUGUAUAGAAAAGGUCGGAAAAGACACAUGGCUGCCUCGAUCACAUACAUGCUUUAAUAGACUAGAUCUUCCGCCCUACAAAAGUUAUGAGCAACUGUGUGAAAAAUUAAACUACGCCAUAGAAGAAACCGAAGGGUUCGGACAGGAA